AUUUCACUUACAAUCUCCAAGAUGGUAGAAAUAGGACCUACCUCUGUAUAUAAUAUGGGUUGCGACUUGUCAGUUCAGUUCAAGCUUAUCAGCAAUCAUCUAUAUACACUAUUCAACACCAAACACUUUACAGACUUGAUUGUAUCCAAGUUUCCAAAGUUACAACCACUUCCAUUACAACCUCAUUGGAAUGCUAGAGACAACUACAGCCACUACCACUACCACAACUGCACAACUACCGCUCCUACCAAUGCAAGACUCACAGAGUCCGCAGAACCACUCUAAGACCACAUCACCACAGGAGUCAACCGACCCUCCUGGCUCCACUAUGGCACAAUAUCUCCCUGAGCAAUGCCUCUUCUGUCCAAAACUCUCACAAAACUUCACCGAGAGCAUGGUACACAUGCGAAAAUCACACGGCCUCUUCAUCCCUCACCAAGAACAUUUAGCAGUCGACCUCGAAUCCCUCUUCAGAUAUCUGCAUCUAAUAAUUUUUGGCUACCGAGAAUGUAUUAGAUGCGGAACAGAGAGGGCCACGGUACAAGGUGUACAGCAACACAUGACUGGCAAAGGCCACUGCAGUUUUGACACAUCGCAAGAAAACUCAGAAUUUGCCGAGUUCUACGACUUCUCUGAACCAGAAGACGAUGUGAAGAGCGACACAGAGGAGGAUGAGGAAGAGAUAAAUCAGGAGGAGACAGCAACAAGUUCGAGUCGAACACCACAACCAAUCGGGCAGGACUCAGUUCGACUGCCAUCAGGCAAGAUAAUAUCGAAACAGUCAUCAACACCGGCGGGGCCGAAAACUACCCAGCUGCACCGACGAGCUCGAAAACAUGCCUCACGACUAGAGCGAACCAUGAUCGAAGAGGCGGAGGACGAGAAAGACAAGAGGAAGGGGGCGUCUGGCCAAGAGGAACCCGAGCCGGGGGCGUCCGAUACGCGGUUGCUGUCCAAGAGGGAGAGGCGCGAGAAGGGGACAAUCACGUACCAGAUGGCAAGCAUGAGCGCCAACGACCGGGCCAGCCUUGUGCACCUGCCACCGUCCCAACAGCGCGCGAUCAUGGCGGCACAGUUCAGGCACACGGUGAAAGUGCAGAAGGAGGAAAGGCGGAGGCAGGGCAAUGUCGAUCGGAAGGGGAACAAGAACUUGUACGCAUAUUGGCACACUGAAACGCCUGUCUACCAGUGUGGUUAG